AUGGAAGUCAAAAUUGUUAAGGUGUUUAUACUGUUUGGAUUGUUGUUAAUUUCAUUCGUCCUAGGAUUUAUACCUAUCAAAUGGAUUUGGCAUUUCAAAGAGAAAACAAGAGAAAAAUCUAGAACUUUCCAUUUGGUGAUAAGUUGCCUCAGCUGUUUUGCUUCCGGUGUUUUUCUUGCUACAUGUUUACUGCAUUUACUUGUUGAUACACGUUUGAAACAAGACAAUACAACCUUGGGGAGACCCAGCGCAGGUCAGAAUAAGAUGUCACCCGCUGAAAUGCACGCUUCACAGACCGACAAUUCUGUGUUCAGAUCAAUAUUGCUGAUUUUAGCCUUAUCUCUGCAUUCAAUUUUUGAAGGACUUGCGGUUGGGCUUCAGACAGAGACAUCAUCUAUUCUGAAGAUUUUUACUGGUCUUGUGAUACAUACAGGAGUCAUAUCUUUUACCCCGCCACAUUAUUUAUUUCGCUGUCGAAUUCUAGAGGGAUUGGUUUGCGGAACUUUCCUGUAUGUUAUGUUUUUCGAAAUGCUUUAA